AGACCUAUGGUAAUCGUGCACCUUAUUUAACACCGAUGAGUCAAGAACAUCAUCAUCAGUGUUGUGCAGUUAAACAACGACACUCUCACAUGAAAGAGUGCAUGUUUGGAUCUGUUCACAUUGAAAUAAGAGUGAAUGAGUUGAUGUCUUAUGAAUCAGGAUGGCUGUGUAUUCCUGUAAACUGUGUGUGAUUAAGUGAAUUCGAUUUGUUCCUCCGCUCUGUGAGAGGACUCUGAUGUUCAGGGGUGGGCAUCACAGAGAGAGAGAGAGACCACCGUCCUCAAACACAGGUUUCUCUGCAGACACACUGAACUCAUGAUGAUGAAAGUGAAGAAGACGCCGUAGCUGUUGUGAGUUCAGUACGAGUGUCAUGGAUGUGUUAGAAGGUUCUGGAUCUGGUUGGUGUGUGAACUGUGGAAAUGGAUCCGAAUGGGAAGAAUGGGGAGAUCAGUCGCUCUUCAGCGACACAGAGCUUGUGAUCGUGACGACGCUGUGCGUUCCUCUUCUGCUGCUCGGCCUGCUGGGAAACGCACUGACCAUUCUGGUCGUCUGGCUCCGCCCACAAAUGAGAAGCACCACCUACCUGUACCUGAGCAGCAUGGCCAUCUCUGACGUGCUCAUUUUACUGUUGAUGCCUCUGGAUCUGUAUAAGCUGUGGCGGUAUCGUCCAUGGUUGCUAGGAGACGCCGUGUGCAAACUGUCGGUUUUUGUCGGAGAGUGCUGCACCUUCUCAUCCAUCCUGCACAUGACGGCUCUGGGGGCGGAGCGAUACCUGGCCGUCUGCUUCCCUCUCCGCGCACGCCUGCUCGUCACCAGGGGGCGUGUCCGCGUGCUGAUCGCCGGCCUGUGGGGUGUGGCCAUGCUUAGCGCAGGACCUGUUUUGGCUUUGGUGGGGGUGGAACGUUUCGAGGGCGGAGCCAGCGAAUGCCGCUGCACACAGUACGCCCAGACGUCUGGCCUGCUUAAAGCCAUGCUGUGGCUCUCCAACCUCUACUUCGUUUGUCCUCUCACGGUUCUGUCCCUCCUGUACGGCCUGAUCGCUCGCCGCCUGCAUCUGCGCGCUCACACGCACCGCGACAAAAUGCACCGCCAGACUCUGCGCAUGAUGGUGGUGAUAGUGCUGGUGUUCGUCUUGUGUUGGCUGCCAUUUCACGUGAGUCGGACGUUGUUUUCGGUGUCCCACUCCAGUGAGGAGUUGUAUUACAUCAGUCAGUAUUUUAAUCUGGUGUCUUUGGUGUUGUUUUACGUGAGCGCCGCCGUCAAUCCCUUGCUGUAUAACAUCAUGUCUGCGCGUUACCGUGCCAGUGUCCUCGCCGUGCUGCGGUUGACGGUGGGCUCCACGGACGAGCUGCGCCACAGGGCCCGCACCUCCCCGCUCACGGCCUCUCACUCCAGCACACACUUCUGAUAACUGACAUCCUGCUGAAACACAACUGAGGAUGUAACAGAAGUGCAGCAUGGCCGACAGGUCUCAGAUCAGCUGUACAGGCAGAGUUCUAACAGUGUAGAAAUGAAGUACACAGGCUGCUUGCAUACUUGUGUAGUGUGGAGUAUGCUUCUGUUCAUCUGAGUCCUGCAGACAAACACAUGCAGCACUACAGAGCCCUUCGCCAUCACUAUAUAUAUAUAUAUAGAUAUUUAUUUUGUGUGCGUGUGUGUAUGUUUAAAUUGUACUUGUAUCGUAGUUUCAUGGAUGUUGAAUAAAAGCUUGUCUGUGUGAGGAUUCUGGUGUCUAGAGAUGAUCGUGUGAAGUAUAUCUGCAUCUACAUGUCGGGUAAAUGACUUCUGUUCAUCUAUCAACAGAAUUGAUUCUGCUGCCCUGAUUUUUCUACUUACACUCAGCCUUUAAAGUAUGUUCUGUUUUGAGACAGAAUGAGACAAGUAUGUAAGUACUGGAAAAUAUUAGCAGAAAAAUCUUCGACAGAUUGUAUGCAAACUGGGGCACAGUUUAGACUUUAUCGCCUCUUGCUGCCAUAAAAAAAGAACCUGAAAUGUGAUUUUAUUUAGCGAUCCACCUAACAGCAAAAUAAACAUGUUCUCUCAAGCUCCAAAAAGUGCAUGAAAAAGUGCAUCCACCGCUCAAAGAGCAGCUCGACACCGCUCUGUGGUCUUCUGAAGCGAAUCCAUGCGUUUCUUUAGGAGAAAAAUCCGCUGUUGACGACUAUUGAUAAUAAUGUCUAACAUCCACUGCAGGCGAAUGAGAGGCUUGUUUUUCCGCUAAAGGGUGGUGACAAUACAAUAUUCCAUGGAAAAAUAGGAAUAUUGUUUUUAAUUUCACCAGGACUUGAAAUCCUUUAAGAAGAUGUUUCAUAAAUGUAUAAACUGCAGAACUGUGAAAGAAGACAUCUUUACUGUUGACUGUAGAGCCUCUAUUCCUAAAGGCACGAAAAUUAUUUAAUUCGGAAAAUGUUUCGUUUUUGUAAUCCAGAUGGAAAAUCAUGCAAAUUAUUAUUUUUCUGCUGUGAUUAAAUGCUCUCUGUAAUGUUCAUGCCAGAUGUGCAAUACCUGAAGGGAAAAUAAAGAUGGUUUUAUAUUCAAUCAAACCCCUGUUUAUGUCGAUCAUUUGGUUUCACUCAGGUGGAAACUUUAACGUUAUCGCGCAUGCGCACAGUGAUUCUCAUCAGUUUACCGCUUUCCAGCGCAUCGGGUACUCGACUCGUUAAGACACGUUAACACUGCCACCAAAAUCCGCUCGUAUGCGACCCAGAUCUGUUUACUGCAUGGCAGUUUGAAGAGGACAAACCAGAUGGAAUCCGAUCUUUUUAUUCUGAUCUGAGCCACUUCCAUACAUGGUCCUAAACGGUCAGGGUAUAUUCUGGCAAACUGUUUCCCGAUCACGUUUUUCAAUCGGCAAAGCAGUCUGUGCACACGCCGUUUACUAACACAAGAUGGAUAUUCGUAAAGCAAAUCGCACGUGUCUGAUUUCCCAGCGCUACACUAUCGAUUCGAAUUUAAAACGAGA